AUGGCGCCUGGUCGAUCCGUCGUCCUCCUGGCCACGCUGGCCCUCACCACCCUGUGCAAGGCCGACACCACUGCGUCCAGAGUGGCAGCCGAGCCCGUCGACGCUGCAUCCACCGCUGCAGAUGCCUCGCUCUUCCCGGCAGAGACCCUGCAGUUGACCGACUCGCUGCUGGCCCAUCUCGCCCCCGUGCUCGCCAACCAAUCCGAUCUCUUCGCAUUCGGUGAUACCGCCUCGUCCGCGAACCUCUCCGUCCGCGGCUUCAAUGUCUGCAAGACCUUCCCCGGCGAUUGGUUCUGGCCACCUCCCGUGGUCUGGAGCCUCGUGGACCGACUCCUGGGCGGGGCCCUGAUCAAGACCGUUCCCCUGGCCGCCCCGUGCUACUCGUCGUGGCCCGAGUAUAAUCCGACCCAAUGUGCCGCGGUCACCUCCAACUGGACCAACUCGGACAUGCAUGCUGCGGAUCCCGCCUCCGUCAUGUGGCCGCUGUAUGAAGGCCGGACCUGUAUGCCGACCAGCGACCCGUCGGGCUCCUGCACCGUCGGCGGGUACAGCAGCUAUGCCGUCAACGUGAGCACCGUCGCGCAGAUCCAGCUGGCCGUCAACUUUGCCCGCAACAUGGGCCUCCGCCUGGUCGUCAAGAAUACCGGCCAUGACUUCAGCGGCAAGUCCACCGGCGCGGGCGCGCUGGCCAUCUGGACCCACCACCUCAAGGACCUCGCGUACCUCCCCAACUACCAGAGCGCCCGCUACACCGGGCCCGCCGUCAAGAUGGGCGCCGGCGUCCAGGCCGAGCAGCUCUACGCCAUGGCCCAGCAGCUCGGGUUCACCGCCGUCGGCGGAGAGGGGAAGACCGUCGGCGUGGCCGGGGGCUACGUCCUCGGCGGCGGCCAUUCCCCCCUGUCGAGCCGCUACGGCCUGUCCGCGGACCAGGUGCUGGCGCUGGAGGUGGUGCUGGCCAACGGCCGGUUCGUCACCGUGACCGAGGAGACCGACCCCGAUCUCUUCUGGGCGCUGCGCGGCGGCGGCGGCGGCACCUUUGGCGUGGUCACGUCGAUCAUCUCGCGCGUGUACCCCCCCGUCGGGGUGACGGUGUCGACCUUCGCCUUUGGCACCGGCCCGACCGUCUCCGCGGACACCUUCUGGGCCGGCGUGCGCGCGUACUUCGAUCGCUUCGCCGCGCACGCCGAUGCCGGCACGUACGCCUACUUCUGGGUCCUCCCCACGGGGCCGCGCGACUUCCGCUUCCUGAUGAACCCGUUCUUCGCCGUCAACCACACCGUGGCGCAGUGCCACGCGCUGCUCCAGCCGUGGUUCGACGAGCUCGACGCCCUCGCCAUCCCCUACACCCCCAACACCACCUACUACCCGACCUUCCACGCCGCCUGGCAGGCCGGCUUCCCGCUCGAGUCCGUCGCCCUGUCGACCAUGAUGACCGGCUCGCGGCUCUUCCCGCGCGCCAACUGGGAGGACCCGGCCCGCCUCAACCAGACCUUCGCCGCGCUCCAGGCCACCAUCCGCGCCGGCCACCCGCUCCUCGCCUUCAACCUGAAGGCCGAGCUCGCCGCCGGCGCCGCCGCCAACGCCGCCAACCCGGCCUUCCGCUCCACCCUCCUGCACGCCAUCACCUCCACCAGCUGGGCCGACGCCGCCUCGCCCCGCGACAUCCUGCAGACCAUGCAGACCUUCGCCACCGAGGUGCUGGACGGGUGGCGCCAGACCUGCCCGGACGCCGGCGCGUACAUGUCCGAGGCCACCGUCCUGGAACCGAACUUCCAGCAGUCGUUCUAUGGCAGCCACUAUGCGCGCUUGUAUGCGCUGAAGCAGCGGUAUGAUCCGUUCGGCCUGUUCUACGCGCCGACCGCGGUGGGGAGCGAGGACUGGGUCGUCCGGAGCGCGGACGGGCUGCCGGAUCAGAACGGUCGUCUGUGUCGGGUUUAA